GCUGUGUACAAAGGUGUGAUGUGUGUGAACUUUUAAAAUCAAAAUAUUGCAACUUAAUUAGAACAAUGACAUAUUUAUUUAUUAUGUAGGCUUUAAUGAUAUUUGAAAGUGAUUCAGCGUGAACUCGGCAAAAUACUCAUCAGUUAAGAUGGCCGAAAUAAUCUUUCAACGCCGGAAAGCUGCGACGAUAUUUAUGGAGCCAAGUCCGGUGUUAAUCAUAAUUUUAGUGUUCCUGCAAAUGUGCUCCUCCCAGGUUAUCAACAGAGUACCACACUUUGUGCCACAGACGGGUGAUAUGUCAACGUUCAGCUUAGCUGAGGACACACCAGUGGGAACGCCUGUCUACCAGUUAAAAGGAAUCGAUCCUGAUAAUGGUCCGUUAAGAUACUCCAUAUCAGGACAGUACUUCACCGUGGAUCCAGUAACCGGUGUGGUGACCCUGGCGAGGAAACUAGACCGAGAGGAGAUGGAGUCACUCGAACUUGUCAUCAGUAUCACAGACGAGGGUAUCGCCAAUACUGAACCAAACACAAUAUCAUUACGGCGAGUGAUUCCCGUGAAAGACAUCAACGACAACCCGCCUGUGUUCCACAACAGGCCCUACAUCGUGAACAUCAGCGAGGCGACCGCUGUCGGAACUGAAAUUGAGGUAUCGCCAAACAUCAUAGUGACUGAUGAUGAUGAGGGUGAUAACGCGAAGAUCGUUGUGACGUGCACGCCCAAGGAAAGAGGUAGCGACGCUGAGGCUUGUGCCACCUUCAGGAUUGAUACUCAUAUGAUAACGCCUAACAAGUAUCAAGUCCGCAUAUUCCUCGCGACAGCCCUGGACUUCGAGAGCCGCACGGCGUACAUAAUAAGUCUGGAAGCCCACGACUCGUCCGCUCGUCCGCUCCGCUCCUUAGCCAGCGUGUCCGCGGCGGUGCGCGACGUACAAGACCAGCCACCGCUAUUUCUCAACGCGCCUUACUCCGCUACAGUAGCCGAGAAUACGCCCCAGGACGUAAGUAUAAUGGAAAUAAUGGCCAAAGAUGGAGAUACUGCGAACCAGCGACCAGUGCUACUGACCCUCGAGGGAGAUGUUUUGAACUACUUCAGGUUGCUUCCCGACAGACCCAUGGGUCGAGCUACACUGGUCACCACAGAUGUGCCUAUCGACAGAGAGAGUGACGUGGUUAUACAAAAUGGAGGCGUUUACUCUUUUUCUGUAAAGGCGACAGAAUUAAUAAACAAUGAAGUUCCAUCAGAUUUCACAGUUAUUCCGAUCACAAUUAUCGUAACCGACGUUGAUGAUCACAUACCGAAAUUUAAUAAAGAUACCUUCGAUAUAUCGAUACCAGAAAACAUCGAGAAUGGAAGCCCUAUACCUGGACUGUCUAUUUACGUUGAAGACAUAGAUUUAGGUGAAAAUAGUAGAUAUAACCUACAUUUACGAGAUGUCUACAAUUCAGAGGGAGUUUUCUCACUUACAACUACCCGCGGAGAAGGUAGAGCACCUAUAAGUGUUAAAGUAAAAGAUUCCUCUAAACUCGACUACGAUGUCUAUGAUGAUGAUAAAAGAAUGUUCAGCUUUGAUAUUGUCACAUCCGUAAACGGUGAAGAGCUUUCUUAUGCCAGAGUUAACGUAAAACUUCUGGAUGUAAAUGAUAACGGUCCUAUAUUCAAAGAACAGAAUUAUAAAUUCAAUGUCUUAGAAAAUUCACCGAUUGAAACUAAAUUAGGUGAAGUUCAAGCCACAGAUAAAGACUACGGCAUAUUUGGUGAACUUGAAUAUUCCCUGUCUGGGUUCGGGUCUAACUUUUUUAAGACUGAUAUAAACAAAGGUGGUAUAUAUGUUGCUAGAGAGCUCGAUUAUGAAAGUCAAAAGAGUUACAGUUUGACUCUGUUCGCAAAAGAUGGUGGCGGAAAGAUUUCUUCAACAAGUAUAUUUAUUGAAGUAUUGGAUGAAAACGAUAACAUGCCUAUGUUUGAAGCGCUAGAGUACACACGUACCAUCAGAGAAGGUGCUACUAGUUUUGAACCACUUUUAGUUGUUAGGGCAACAGAUAUCGAUGGCCCAAGUCAAGGUGGCGGUAGAGUGCGAUACACUAUAGAGUCAGAUAAUAGUAUCGAGCACAGGGGACGGGUGUUCAGUAUAGACGAGGACAAUGGCGAAAUUACUAUCGAUAAUAAGGUUGAGUCUAUGGAUACACCCAGAGGACAAUACGAGUUAGUUGUUCGGGCAACUGAUUACGGUGUACCUCCACUUUACAACGAAACGAGAGUACUUAUAAGGGUAGGUGUACCUGGUAAUCAACGACCAACGUUUAAAGGGAACUACCACCACUACAAAUACACGGUUAACCAGAAAGACCCAGACAACAACGAAGACUACACUUUCGAUAUAAAUCCUAUGAACUAUAAAGCUACAAUACGGGAAGAUGCUCGACCAGGACAGAAUGUUACAGCGGUUGUGGCUAACGAUCCUGAUGGGUUGGAUGAUUUGCUCACUUAUCACAUAGUGUCUGGCUCUAAGGAUAACUUUAUCAUAAAUGAGAAGACAGGGCUAAUCACAAUAUCAAACGAUGCGAACCUCGAUCGUGAUACCAAUACGGAUCGAUACGAAAUUAUAGUAUCAGCAGUAGACAGCGGCUUACCACAACCUGAAACAGCCACCACUACUGUAUUCGUCAAUAUACUAGACGUAAACGAUAAACCACCACAAUUCAAUACAACUGAUUCUACGACAUAUAUCUCUGAAAGAAAACCCAUAGGUGAAAUCGUUACAGUACUAACGGCUUUUGAUACAGAUUCAACCGCAAAAUUGAAAUACACUAUAAUUGAACCUAUUAAAGCUUUUUCUAGAGCUGGUGUUCAACUAAAACCAAACGCACCUUAUGAUUAUAAAACAAUAUUUAGCAUCAAUGAAGACAAUGGCGAAAUAAGUGUUAGUGGAAAGUUAGAUUACAGUCAAGUUUCCGUUGUUAUUUUGACGGUUAAAGUUGUUGAUAUAAAUGCUGAAUUAAAUAAAGAAGAACAAUUUGCAAUCACUGAGUAUACAAUUUAUAUACAACCUUAUACGGAUAAUAAUCCCCAGUUUAUUAAUCCUGGAUGGACCAUUACCAAUCCAAUUAUUUACCAUAAGAUUAAAGAAGAACAGCCAAUUGGUAGUACUGUUUUGGUACUGAUGGCGGAAGAUCCUACUUCUGGCCAUAUGGUGUCGAAUUUCAAAGUGGUUAACUCUGAGACAGGUUUGUUGCAAGUAGAUCCACUUAGCGGUCAAGUUGUUCUGACAAGACAUUUAGACUAUGAAGAACUUAAGACUCCUAAUUUAACACUAACAGUUCACGCAGUUAGUAAUGACGGAAGUAAACACAGCAGUGCGAAGAUAAUAAUUGAAGUGAUGAAUGUUAAUGAUAAUCCACCUAUUUUUGAUAAAGAGCUAUACAAAGUAAGCGUGUUAGAAUCUAUACAGUACCCCGAACAAGUUGGUGUAGUAAAGGCGGAAGAUAAAGACGCUGUUCUGAGUGCCGAGGACAAAGAGAAAGGAUACGCAGAUGUGAGAUACGUAUUAAGAGGAGACAACAGAGAACUGUUUGUUAUUGAUAAUGUUACUGGAGUUAUUAAGGUAGCUCCAAAUAAAACAUUAGAUCGUGAACGUCAGUCUGUGCUGCGUGUGGAAGUAGAAGCUUAUGACACGCCCCGUGGUGGAGUCGACCGACUCAAAUCUGUCGCCGUUGUGUUGAUCGAUGUCUUAGACGUUGAUGAUAAUGCGCCGACCUUCGACAAAUCUGUUUACACAGCUGUUAUACCAGAGAACGUAGCAGUUGGGACGAGUGUUGUGAAACUGUUGGCAACCGAUCCUGACGAAGGAUUGGGAGGUGAAAUCAAGUACGAAUUUCUGGAUGAGGGGGAAGCUAAUGGUUUAUUUACGAUAGACACAGACAGCGGAGUGGUCCGUAGCGGGCGACCGUUAACGGGCCGGGGCCGCACAGAGCCGUACCGUGUGCUCGCGGGCGCUCGGGACGGCGGCGGCCACGUCGCUGACACGUCACUGCAGAUCUACGUCGGGGACGUGAGCGCGAACGACGGCGUACCUACCAUCAUACGACCCGCGCGGGGAGAGUCCCUGCACAUCGCUGAGAAUUCGCCAGUGGGCAGUGUGGUGUUCCAAGUGGUGGCCAGUGACCCUGAUGACCCUUCGCAACCUUCAGGACAACUCUCCUUGUCGCUACAACAGACAGAUGUAUUUGCUAUUGAUCCAGACACGGGCGUGAUCACCACUCGCCAGGCUCUCGACCGGGAGCGCACUGCAGCCUACACGCUGGUACUGAGCGUCACCGACCGCGGGCAGCCACCGCAGCAGACCACGCGCAUCGUCACCGUUGACGUCACCGACGUGGACGAUCACAAGCCGCACUUCGCCAGAAACCUGGAUGACCCACCAGUCUUGCUGACUACAUACGAGGAAGUACCGAUAGGAUCCAUCAUCGGGACAUUAGCAGCUGUCGACGAGGAUAUUGGAGAAAAUGCAGCGAUUGAUUACAUCAUUACAGCCGGUAACGAGCUCGAGUACAUAAAAUUGGAACGUAGCAACGACAGCAAAGCAGUCCUGAGAGCUGCUGCAGGACUGGACAGAGAAGUUGUGGCCAGAAUACUGCUCACUGUCAAGUGCUUCAAGCUUGGAAGUGUGCCGAGGAUUAAUAGAUAUUACAAUAGAUUGGAUCCGUCGGAAAUUCAAAUUACAAUUAAAAUCCUGGAUAUAGAUGAUCACCUGCCGGAGUUCGAGACAAGUAACAUGACCAUAGGAGUCCGCCUCAAUGCACCCAUAGACACGGUCAUAGCGACGAUAAAAGCCAUAGACAAGGACCCGGAAGCCUUGGCCAUAGACUACAGUCUCGUUAACAUGAGCUUCGAAUCUCCUAUCAAAUCCAGAUCAAUCAAUAACAUAACUGACGUCAUCGUUGUUAACAAUAGAACAGGGGCGCUGAAGAUAAUGAAAAACUUGAUACAUUAUGCUGAUGGAACUUUUAAGUUUACAUUCAGAGCAAACAACUCCAAUGAUACAGAGCGACACGCAGAUUUACCGGUUGAAGUAGUGGUGGUUCGUGAGCGGGAUCUGUUGCGACUGGUCGUACCGACCGGUCGCGCGGGUCGCAGUCGACUUGCUGCGCUCAAACAACGUAUAGCGGGCGCACUUCAACGCGACAAUUUACGUCUACAGAUGCACGACGCGACGCAUGAUGCGUUUUACGACACAAUGGGGCCGUGCUUUCAAUUCCGUAAAAUGGAUACUGGAGAGGCGCUUACUCCGAUGGCGAUGAAGGCCGCAAUCCGGGCACUCGGAGUGGAGUUCCAGAAGAUCCUGCAGGAGUACGAGGUCCACAACAUCACUGGGUGCGGGGUCAGCCGGUCGCGUCACUCUACGUCGCAGUACGCCCUUCUGGGUGUGGCUUCCGCGUUGCCCCUCGCAGCAGCUCUGGCUGCACUGAUGCUGUGCUCAAUGCACUCCACUGCGAAACGUCGGAUGCGUUCGUCACUGCUACUGUCACGGGAGCCACCUCCAGGAAGUAUGCCACCCGCCCCCCUCUCACAAAUCUCAGUGCCAACGAGACUCUAUGCGGAACCACUUUAUUCAACGUGACUCAAACUGUGUUGUCGUUAUUUAUUUUUACACAUUGAGGGUAAUUAAUAGAUUUUAUCGAUACCCAUGCUUUAAAUCCUCUAUUUAUGAUUCUAAAACAGCAAGCUUAUUGCCAACAUUAAAACACCCAAUGUCCUAAUAACAAUUACAUCAUCCAAACGAGUGUUGUAAUGAAAUUAAGUACAACAUUGUAUCAUCCAUUUUCAUAAUAACACUAGUUUGGAUGAUAUUAUGGUUACUAGGGUUGGCUUUUUUAAUGUUAGCAGUAAGCUAACUGUUUCAGAGGUUUAUGGAGGAUUCAUGUUAUGGGUGUAGAUAAAGUCUUGUAUGAAACUGUUAAUAAAAAGGUAUUAAAACACUCAUGUCAUACUAUUAUCACCCACAACCUCCAUUCCUGUUUUAAUACCUCUUAUUACACAACAGUUGCAUAAAUCACUAUUUUCGUUUUACACAUCACUUAAGGUACUCACAACACAUCAGCUUAUUUAUUAGGUACCUAUAUUCUUGUGGCGCGAGAAAUACACAUAUAAACAAAAUGCUUAGGUACUUAUUAAAUGAUCACAAUAUUGCAAUUAGGCUCAUUUGAGGCAUCAUUCUCAGGUACCUCGACGCAAACUGCAUAGAAACGGUAAAAAAAUAAAUAAUCCUAAUUUUCCAAAUAAUCUUAAUACCUUUUGGAUUCUUUAAAAGUAUUUUAUUUAAUUAAUAUUUAUUUGUCUAGUUCUGUCUAUGUGUUAUAAGGCUUAUUACGUUUAUGAUAUUAUGAUGCCAACCUUUUCCAUGCAUACACCGUAUCUAUAUAUACUGGUUAACUUAGUUAGGUCUUUUUGUUGGUCUAACAAAUAGGAAUAAUAAGGGCCCGAAAAUUUUAAUUUUUAAGCCUAUGAGCACAACUGCAAGAAGACAAGAAACACUACUGUAUGUAAUAAUAAUUACCUUUAACAUUAUUCAGUUUCUUAUUGCAAGUUGCUCUUUUAUAAAUUGCUUUCCCAUAUGUUUGUUA